CUCUCAUCCCAGACGAGCCGCCGCGUUACAUCUAUCAUUUCAUUCUGACGGGACUCGAUGAAACCCGGGAAAAUUGGACCAUUCUGGUGGAGGGGAAGCGGGAAGUCUUCAGAAAGUCUCCCCCCUGCUGGAGCGUUUCCCCAGCCCUCAGUGCCGCAGUGAAAGGAUGGAGAACCGAACCCCGCUGCGGCGCUCCGGGUCCGCGGUGCUGAUGGAGCAGGUGGCGCUGCAGGCGUUUUAGCAAGCGACAGAAAAGCAACCAACGAAGAAGAAACUGCGGCAUCCACACGUGUGUAAAUAACAGCAACAUGGGGAAACGGAGGCAGAAAAAGCAACUUUUCACCAACUUGUCCAAAAAACAGAAGAAACACUUGAAAGAAUUUGGCGAGGAUCAUCCGUUUCACGACGUAGUGAAUGAAAGAUCAGAGAGGACUAAAAUAGUUGAACUGCCGUCCAGUCCAGAACAGUCUGAUGCUGAGGCUGAUCUCAUGGAAGAAGAAGAAGAUGAAGAACUUGAGCAAAAAACAGCCUAUCAGAAGCUUCUUUCAACUCUUACAAAAUCAUCUGGUGACGCUCAGAGUGAGGACGGAGAAAGCUCUGAUGAUGAAGAAGCCGAGGAGGAGGAGCUACUUGAUGAAGAGGACAGUGAUGGAGUUGCAGAUGAGGAGGAAUGUGGAGAAGAGGAACCUGGAGAGGAUGAGGUGAAGAAGGAGGAAGCAGGAGAAGAGUUUGUAGACAAGGAGCAUGAAUCUGAGUUUUGUCUGGAGACAAACUUCACUGAAAAAGGAGGAAACGAAACAGAAAACACAGAAAAACAUGUAGUGUGCAAAAAAGAAGACAUGUUUUUACAGCAUUUGGACACAGAACUUACUGAAGAGGAUGUAAAUAAUAUCACGUCUGGCUCCAAAUCUAAAACUCAGAUCUCGUGGCCCAAACUGGGAAAUCUUCUCUGCACCAAACCUCUUGACCGGUUUGGCUCCAUUGGACCACAAAAGGACACAAACCCGCAGAUUUUCCACAAACUUUUAGAGAGCAGCUGGAAAGAUCUAAACCAGUCUGUGAAUCCUAAAGAAGAACCAGAACAGAUCAGCUCUCUGCAGUUAGAGCUACUGACCCUCAUGGGUUCAUAUAAGGACAUGUUUUAUCCUGAGAUGUGUCCCAUUAAUCAGGGUCCAGAGGUUCGAAGAGCUUACUGCCUCCAUGUGCUCAACCACGUCCUCAAGUCCAACUCCAGAGUCCUGGCGCACAACUCUCAGAUUAGGGAGCAGAAAACUGCGGCCAAAGCUGGAGCCGAGCCGUACGAAGAACCCAGAGAUCAGGGGCUGACCCGGCCAAAGGUUCUGAUUCUGAUUCCGUUCCGAGGCGGGGCCUUGCAAGUGGUUCACACGCUCAUCAGCCUCUUAGAGACGAAAAGUAAGAAGAUCGUUGUCAGCAACAAGAAGAAGUUCAAGGAGGAGUUUGGAGAAGACCCUAAUGACAAACCAGCUAAUCUGCUAAGACCAGACGAUUACAACGCCAUCUUCUCAGGAAACGUGGACGACCACUUCAGGAUUGGUGUGUCCAUCGUGAGGAGCAGCAUCCGUCUCUACGCUCCCUUCUACUCAUCAGAUAUCAUCAUCGCGUCUCCGCUCGGCCUUCGCACUGUGCUGGGAGCAGACGGAGAAUAUAAGAGAGACUUUGACUUUCUGUCGUCCAUCGAGCUCCUGAUCCUGGAUCAGGCUGAUGUCUUCCUCAUGCAGAACUGGGAACAUGUCUUGCAUGUGAUGAAGCACAUGAACCUGCAGCCGCUGGACUCCCAUGGUGUGGACUUCUCCAGGGUCAGGAUGUGGAACCUGAACAACUGGGCCAAACAUUACAGGCAGACGCUGGUGUUCAGCUCCAUCCAGGACCCGCAGAUCAACAACAUCCUGACUAAACACUGUGCCAACUACAGGGGACAGGUUGUGACUAAAAACGUGCCACAUGAGGGCUCCAUCUGCCAGGUUGUGGUCCAGCUGCCUCACGUGUUUCAGAUGUUUUCCUCGGAGAGUUUUGUUGAUCAUGACGCUCGGUUUCAGUUCUUCAUAGAUAAAGUUCUGCCUCAGUACAAGGACUCGGUCAUGUCCCACACUCUCAUCUACAUCCCGUCCUACUUCGACUACGUUCGGUUGAGGAACCACAUGAAGAAAGAGGAGAUGAACUUCACCUCCAUCUGCGAAUAUUCCAGCAAAUCGGAAGUGUGUCGGGCCAGGCAUUUGUUCCGGAAAGGAGAGAAACAGUUUCUGCUUUUCACUGAACGCUUCCACUUCUACAAGAGGUACACCAUCAAGGGGAUCCAGAAUCUGGUAUUUUAUGGAUUACCCAGCAUCCCCCAUUUCUACAGCGAGGUGUGCAACAUGCUAGCUGCAGAGGGUCAGAGGGAGGAGGCCAGCAGGACCUGCACCUCCCUCUACUCCCGAUAUGACGCCCACAAACUGGCUGCCAUCGUCGGGGCGCAGCGCGCCGGACAAAUGCUGCACUCUGACAAGAAGGUUCACCUUUUUGUCACAGCUGAAGAGGAAAAGAGCCACUGACGGACGAGCAGUGGGAUGUGAUAGCCAAGCUGGUUUUCUAAUAAAAUGUGCAACUUUCA